AUGCUCGAUCGCGGUGGAAUUCCAGCAAUUGUUUUCUUAGUUUUGUAUGGAGCACUCUGUUCUUGGGUGAGUCUACUUCUAUUUACCAAGCGAGUAUCUUGGAAGUCUCGCUACACUAGCAUUUUCAUCCAUACGAUCUUGAGAUUGGCCGCUCAGAUUUGUGGAAUAGGGUACGCGGUGGCCGGUGUCGAGCACUACCAGUGGCUCAUUGCGUACUUCGUGUUUGGAGCGGAGGGAUACUUCAGUCUUGUAUGGUGCGUUUUCCGAUUUCUGAUCGCUUUCCAAAAUGAGCUACUGGGCGAAUCUUGGAUAGAGCCCAGACGGCAGGGAAGAACGCUCCGCGAAUACUAUAAAGUCUCCGUGAGGUACCCUGUGCUUUAUUUCCAUUAUAGCUUGGCCGCUGCUAACGCACUGAUCAUCGUGGGUUCCGUACAAGGGGUUAACUCGCACUCGCCGAGUCAGGCUUCCAAGCAGGUUGAAAGCGGCCGUACCUUGCGGGACGUUGGAACCGCCCUUUUUAUCGCGUGGGUAGGGGUUUUUGCCCUCUUCUGCGUCCGCACGUAUCCAGCAGUACAGAAUCGCAGCCAGAAACAUUUCCUCCACAUUUUGAGCUUUACUGUUUUGCCACUUACGAUUCGAGGAGCUUUUGGAAUUCUUGCAACGGAGAUUAACCAGUGGAAUUAUGCUCUGCCUGACAGCUAUGAUAACCAAGGUCUGAAGCCUGGCCCGCUUGCUGCGGAGUAUGUUUUGGGCACGUUCAUGGAAUGGUUGACCUGUUUUUUACUUUUGUGCACUGGCCUUUUGUCAUGGUUCACUGAAAAGCAUUCGGUUGAUUCGGUCAGUCCCGAAAAUAAUAGUUCUAAACCGGAUGGCGCGAGUAGAAUGUAA